GCGCUACAGAGCCCAGCUUGGGCAGGAAGCGGAAGUUGCCGGCAAGAUGGCGGCUAUUGAAGCGGAGGUGGAAGCGGCCCCUUGCAGCGGCCGGAGGAUGAAGGCGAGGGUGGCGGCCUGGGUCCUUUGCGGGAUCUUCUUGUGCGUCUUGGCGCCCGAUUCAGGCUGGUGCAACUCUGUGGAGAAGAAAAUCUACAUCCCACUGAAUAGAACAGCCACCUGCGUCCGUCUCCUGAAUGCCACUCAUCAGAUAGGCUGCCAGUCCUCCAUGAACGGAGACACGGGAGUCAUUCACGUGGUAGAGAAGGAAUCUGACCUGAAGUGGGUGCUGUCGGAUGGCCGCCACCCCCCUUACAUGGUCCUGCUGGAUGGGAAGCUUUUUACAGGACAGGUGAUGGAGCAGCUGAAGGGCAGCUCUCGGAUUGCAGGCGUGGCCGUGGCCAUCUCCAAGGCCAGCCCGGCAGAAGGUUUUUCUCCCGGUCUUCCGUGUCCCAAUGAUGGUUACGGCGUCUACAACAGCAGCUAUGGCCCAGAAUACGCCCACUGCAGUGUGACCAAGUGGAAUUAUCUGGGGAACAGCCUCUCCUACCUGGACUUUGGCUUCCCCAUCUUCCUUCUUCAAAACGAAACCGAAACCAAGGUUAUCAAGCAGUGCUACCAGACAUACAACACGCCUCAGAACGGCUCCGGGCCGGAAUACCCGCUCUGCGCCAUGCAGCUGUCCUCCCACAUGCACGCUGUCACCAGCACCGUCACCUGCAUGCGCCGCAGUAUCAUUCAGAGCACCUUCAGUCUCAACCCAGAGGUGGUCUGCGAUCCUCUCGCCGAUUAUAACGUCUGGAGCACGGUGCGGCCGCUCAACGAUUCGGAGAAGCUGGAUCCUAAAAGUGUCGUCAUCGCUUCCUCUCGAAUUGACAGCCACUCUUUUUUCUGGAACGUGGCCCCCGGGGCGGAGAGUGCCGUGGCUUCCUUUGUCACCCUCCUCGCUGCAGCUGAAGCCGUCCAUAAAAUCCCCGAUGUUCAGUCGCUGCCCAAAAACAUCAUGUUUGUCUUCUUCCAGGGGGAGACCUUUGACUACAUCGGCAGCUCCCGCAUGGUGUACGACAUGCAGAACGACCGGUUUCCCAUCAAGCUGGAGAACAUCGAUUCCUUCCUGGAGCUGAGCCAGGUUGCGCUCCGGAGUAACGCCUCCCUGUGGAUGCACACGGACCCCAUCUCUCGAAUGGACCCCGAGAUUGAGCAAAACGUCCAAAGGAUGAUGGAAACCUUGAACAAGAGCAGCGAAAAGACCAGCGUGGUGAUGAGUGGAAUCGGAGUCAGCCAGCCGCUCCCGCCUUCCUCCUUCCAGAGAUUCCUGAGGGUCCAGCAGAUCCCCGGGGUGGUCCUGGCUGACCACCAUUCCCACUUCGAGAACAGGUACUACCAGAGCAUCUAUGACACCCCCGAGAACAUCCGGCUGAAUUAUUCCGGGCUGACCCCAGAGGAGGCCCUGAAUCACGUGACGGACACAGCUAAGUCCUUAGCUGCAGUAGCCACCGUGGUGGGCCGCACGCUCUACAAGAUGGCCGGAGGAGGGGGCAACGCCUCGUCAAUUCAGGCGGAUCCAUUAACGGUCACGCGCAUGUUGUAUGGUUUCCUGAUCCAGUCCAACAACUCCUGGUUCCAGGCCAUCACUAAGCCAGAUUUCAAAGGGCCUCUGGGCGAUGAGCCCCUCCAGUACUACAUCGCGGUCUCCAGUCCUGUUAACUCCACCAGCCUGGUCCAGUAUGUCUUGGCCAACCUGACUGGGACCCGCCUCGGGGACAACAUCACCAAGGAGCACUGCAGAGCCUCCAAGGAAGACUUGUAUGACUACAUGUGGGUUCAGGGCUCCCCGUACCCCAACGCCAGCUCUCCCCGCAAGCCCUUCUGCAUCAGGUUGACUGUCCGCCGCACGCCAGCCUCCUCCCCGGCCUUCGAGCUCCGACAGUGGGGGUCCACCGAGUUUUCCACCUGGACGGAGAGUCGCUGGAAGGAGCUUCACGGACGGAUCUUCCUGGUCGCCAGCAAAGAGCUGGAGAUCAUCACCCUGGUGGUGGGCCUCGUUAUCCUCAUUGUCUCAUUCGUGGCCACCUAUUUCAUCAACGCCAAAGCCCACGUGCUUUUUUCCACGCCAGGAGACUCUGAAACAGUGGCCUAUUGAAAACUGGUGCUGGGAACUCUAGCGCUAUGAACAAGAAAGGAAGAAAAGGAAUGAAUUUGGCACUGCUGGACCCUUUCUUUGAUUACCGCUGAGUGGGGGACUAGAAGAAGCACGUUGAUCAUCAUCCCAUUGAGAGAGACACACUGUGGGUGUACCAAAACACAAUGCUGGCAGGAACGGAUUGAUUUGGAGGGGGGGUGGGUUUCUUGGGUCUCUCAGACCCUCCUCCAUCCAGCGGCCCGGAACAAAUGGGGCACAGAGCACGGGGGUCCCGGCGCCCUCUUGCAAGCGGCCAAGAGUUGGCCAUCAAAGGAGACUCUGCGGAGCAUUUGUGGACCUUCAACCUUGUAGUUCUCACUUUUUUUUUUUAAUUUUGAAGGUCUGGAUGAAUUUGCUUGACUCUUUCGAUUUACAUAGAUGAAGGUGGAAAAAAAACGAGGGCUGCAGGAAAGUUGGAAACAGGUGUAAACUAUCCUUUUUUAAAAAAAAAUAUGGUUCUGUUUUUUGUACAUACGAUAUAAAUAGCCUGUUUUAAUUGAAAACCAUCGCCCCCAACGCCACUCCUUAAUUUACAGAUUAAAUUUGUUGAUCCCG